GGUCGAAUAGCGGCUCACGUAGUAAUAGACGGUAGAGUGGGCAUUACGAUUGCUCAAUGAAUGGGUCGUUGGGCUUCAUUCUCAGGUAAGUUUCCGUGACUCCGUGGGCAGAGUCGGCUUGAUUUUGCCUCGAGGAAUGUGAAUACGAGUUGCCGUGGCUCCAAUGGAGGUCCACCUCCGUAUAUCGGUGCAGAUAUAAUAACACCUGUUGCGCCAUCUAGCCCGAUUUACUUUGCUGGGCUCUCUUAAUCAUAGUAAGCUAUUAAUCUUUCAUUCAGUGUGCUCAACUAUCAUAAUGCUGUUCUCCUUGAUCUUCGCGCCAGCUUUGGUUGCCGCUCACGGUGCUGUAACAAGCUACAUCAUCGGUGGCACAACAUAUCCUGGAUAUGAGGGGUUCUCACCGCAGGCCAAUGCUCAAAUCAUCCAGAGACAAUGGCCAGACUAUAAUCCGAUCAUGACGGCCUCUGAUGGUAAAAUGACGUGCAAUGGUGGUACUUCAGCUCCCCUGUCGGCCAAGAUCGCGGCAGGUUCAAACAUAACAGCUGUGUGGCGCCAAUGGACUCAUCAGCAAGGCCCAGUCAUGGUCUGGAUGUACCCUUGUGAGAAUGGCUUUAAAUCGUGUGAUGGUAAACAGAAGAAAUGGUUCAAGAUUGACCAGAUGGGUCUUUACGGGAGUGCAUUAAAUAGUAAUGACUGGGGAACUGGAGUUGUUUACAAGACACUGAAGUGGUCGAGCAAGAUCCCCGCCAGCCUCAAGCCUGGCCAAUAUCUCAUCAGGCACGAGCUGCUGGCUCUUCACCAAGCCAAUACCCCCCAGUUUUACCCCGAAUGCGCACAGAUUGAGGUUACCGGCUCUGGUACCGCAACUGCCCCUUCUAACUUGCUGUCAUCGAUUCCCGGCUAUGCUCCACAGUCUGAUCCUGGUAUCAUGGUUGAUAUCUACAACGGGGGGCGCACCUCAUACACUUGCCCCGGCCCGGCUGUCUGGAGUGGUUAAAUCUUGCACACGACUGCGAUAACCGUGCGAUCAUAUCCUCAUUGAUAUUCAUCAGGGCUUUCGAUGUCAUAAGCUUAUCUUGCACUGUGGCAAAGUCAGCCCUGUACAAUAGAAACCCACAACCUAUGCACAGGCUACACCCAAAGAGUUCCUACUUUCGAAGUGACGG